AAAGCCGGUAGAUGGGAUACUUUUUUUUUUUUUAUUAUCUCAAAAAACUAUGAAUAGAUUUGUGGUGGAACUUACGAGGAGUCAGAAGAUGGAUCAAUAAAAAUUGGAAAAUGGGUUGAGUUGAUCAAAGAGUUCAAAAAAUCAUAAUAAAUUUCGUAUAGGGGUGAAUAUAAAAAAGGUAAAAAAGUUGGUAUUUGGGAUACCUGGUAUAAUAGCGGUGGGAUAUCAUAAAAAAAUUAGAUAAUGGUUGGGGGAUUAUAUGACAAAAUGAAGAAUAUAUAUAUUUUACUCUCUUUUUCCGGCAACAAAGAGGUUCAGGAGCUAACAUUUUCUCAACUUAUGUGUAUAAUGUCGAAAUCCAAUUACUUGUCAAACAUCAAUGUAUGCUUCUUCCCUGUUAAGGUUGCUCUCUAACAAUAAAAUUACUUAUUACACAAGUCAAACAUAGAAAAUGAUGGCAGACUUGAUAAUCAUUAUGUUAAAAUAUCUAUUGCAGACAUAGCAUAUCAAUUAGGCAUGAAUAGAUAUGUUUGA